AUGGAAAAGAGAUCCAUUUAUAUAUUUCUGUUUCUGUUACAAGCAAUCAUCCAUUGUGUUCAUCCCAUAAUAGCGCAAUUACCACGCCCAGAAAAUGUAAUAACUAGAUGCAAAAAGGGUGAUUUCAAAUCCGACGCUUACAACAAGAACCUAGACUUGGCACUCAAUUCCCUUUCCGGUAACAUUAGCAAUCCGGAGUACACAGGGUUCAAAAGUACCCAGUAUGGCAAUCCGGGUGAAUUGGUGAACGCUGUUGUCCUUUGUCCUCCAUAUAUUAAGGCGGAAGAUUGCGCAGAUUGUAUCAAGAAAUCAACCCAGCUUAUAAAAAAAGAUUGUCCUAAAAAAAAGGAAGCAGUAGUGUUUACUCUCAUAUCGGACUUGACUUCAUGCAUGGUGCGUUAUGGGGAUUAUAAAAUUGAGGGGAAGUUUGAUGAUUGGGCUUGGGUAAGCUUCCAAAGUCCUAAGAGCGGCGCAGAUAUUGGUAAGUUGCAACCAACCUUUAGAGACAUGGUUAACUCGAUAAAGGAAAUGGCGGUUACAGGUGAACAUGGGAUCCGUUAUGCAAAAGUGUCUGCAAGUUAUGGGAAUAGUGGGCAGCGUGUUUACUUGGCACUUCAAUGUACUCCUGAUAUAUCGCAACAGGACUGCUCCAAAUGUUUAAAUUCAGCAGCAUCGGGGCUUAAGAGCAAUGGAAUUGAUCAAGGAAAAAUGUCUGCUAGAAGGUUAUCUACCCAUUGCUACGCAAGGUACUCGCAUGACCCUUUUUUUCCAGAGAAGUGA